GGAAAUAUGCGUCAUAGUAACGUUUAAACAGUGGGGAUAAUAUCAUUGAUGAAACAAGACCAGUAACGAGUUAUUAAUGAAUCGUUCAAACGAAUAUAACGAUUUAGAAUGGGCGAUUGGUCUGCAUCGCUGUAUGUUGAAAAUUGUUGGUUUGUGGCCGCAACAAAGCAAAGAUCAGUAUAAAAAAUUCUUUUCAAAGUUUCGAAUGUUAUUUAAUGCUACAGCAAUAGUUUUUAUAUUAACUAUACCGGCUUUAGCUCAACUGAUAAAAGUAUGGGGUGAUAUGAUCCAGAUAAUAGAUAAUUUACAAUUUACCUUACCUUUUUUGGUAACGACACUUAAAGUCUUCAUUAUGUGGUACAAGAAAGGAGCUUUAUUACUGUUAACUAACAUGAUUAUGAAAGACUGGACGCGAGUGAAAAUGGAUGAAGAGCGAAAUGUCAUGCUAAAAAAAGCUAAGACCACCCGCUUACUCUUAAAAAUCGGAGUAUUUUUUACAGUUUUGGCAGUGUUCAGCAGACUUGGCUCUGUAUUUUUUAAAGAAUACAUUUGGCGUGUGAACAAUCUCACUAAUCAUGAAAGAUCUUUACCAGUUCCUACAUACUACUGGUACGAUGUAACCAGCAGCCCGAAAUAUGAACUAACAUAUCUGGCACAAACAAUCGGCGCAUUUGCAAUCGCUCUUACAUAUGUUGCGGUCGACAACUUUCUUGGACUACUGAUCUUACACGUAUGUGGUCAGAUGGAGAAUCUACAUCUUCGAUUAUUGCAUCUGGGGAAGGAUCCGGACUUCAGAACGGUUUUAAAGUUCAACGUUAAAGACCAUAUUCGCCUGAUCAGAUCUGUAGAAAUCAUUGAUGACGCCUUCAAUUUAUUGCUGCUUGGCAUGAUAGGUUUUUUUAGCAUACUAUUCAGUCUUUAUGGAUUUCUAGUACUUACUGCUGUUAAUCAAAAUACUCAAUUAUCGUUUGCACAAAUGUCUUGGUACUUUUCUGCGGGUGUAUCUCUUUUAAUGCAUACUUGUCUUUAUUGUGCGGUAGGCGAACAUCUCGUUAAUCAAUGUGAAAAAAUACAUAGCGCUACGUAUGAAUGUGUAUGGUAUACUCUAGAGCCAAAAGCAGCAAGAAACUUGACAGUAAUUAUGGUCUGUGCAAAGAAACCACUCAAUAUCACAGCGGGAAAAAUGUUCCCAAUGACAAUGUCUACAUUCUGCAGUUUAUUAAAAACGUCGGCGGGUUAUUUAUCUAUGUUACUUGCCGUUCGAAAUUAAUGACGAAAAAUUAUAGGAUAAAUAGGUACGUCCCUUGUAUAAUAUGUGGUAUUAUGAUGUAAAAUUAAAAAUAAAUUGUUUAGAUAAAUA